UCCCACCAUGCUGCAUUAUCUCUGCUGUACAGCCAUGCUGGCAUUGUCACCAGCAGAGGAUGACAGACUGGAACACUGGCACAGUAAAGCCUGCAAAUGUGAUUGUCAGGGAAGUCCAAAUUCCGUAUGGUCCUCGGGGACAAACAAUCUGGAAUGCAUGCCAGAAUGUCCCUAUCACAAGCCACUUGGUUUUGAGUCAGGAGCUGUUACUCCAGACCAGAUAAGCUGCUCCAGUCCAGAGCAGUACACUGGAUGGUACACUUCAUGGAUUGCAAACAAGGCCCGGCUUAACGGGCAAGGUUUUGGGUGUGCCUGGCUCUCCAAAUACCAAGACACAAACCAGUGGCUGCAGAUUGACCUGAAGGAAAUCAAAGUGAUUUCAGGAAUAAUCACACAAGGACGGUGUGAUGCAGACGAAUGGAUGACGAAAUACAGCGUGCAGUACAGGACUGAUGAGAACCUGAACUGGGUCUAUUACAAGGAUCAGACAGGAAACAACAGGGUUUUCUAUGGAAAUUCAGACAGAUCAUCUUCUGUGCAGAACCUUCUGCGCCCACCCAUUGUCUCGCGCUACAUUCGCUUGAUACCACUUGGCUGGCAUGUGCGCAUUGCCAUCAGGAUGGAGCUGCUUGUAUGCAUGAAUAAGUGUGCUUGAUGCUAAACUUCAGCACCACAUGACAUUGCAAGGGAAAGAGAUGGGAGGCAUUAGCAAGAUAUAGAAGUACAAUGAAUAGAAUGAGUAGGUUCCUCAUGUAUCUCAGUGUACUAUAAAUGUAAGCAUUAUCCCUUUUGCUGUGACUUGCACCUUCCACAACUAUGGAAGCUUUAGUGGAAAUCUAAAUCAGGCGUCCUCAACCUCGGCCCUCCAGAUGGUUUGAGGCUACAAUUCCCAUCGUCCCUGACCACUGGUCCUGCUAGCUAGGGCUCAUGGGAGUUGUAGACCAAAAACAUCUGGAGGGCCAAGGUUGAGGAAGCCUGGUCUAAAUCAAUAGAACCCAAGAGCCCAAUUUUGAGAUGAAAUUAAUAUCCACAUAUCCAUGAUCCCAUGUUGCAUUAUAUUUCCUGUUUCAGCUCCGGGGGUGGGAGGAGUUGGUGGUGAGAGGGAAAGGCUUUGACUUGAUUUUUGUGAAGCUCUCAUGAAAGUACAGAAUGGCCUAUGCAAAAAAAGGAGGAAUUUACACACACACACAAACAUUUCUUAUUGCACCCAGUGUCAAGCUUUCCUGAUGCUAGCAUACUUAAUUAGUCUUAAGGCAGGUCUUAAUGGAUGAGCCAAUCACAAGUCCUUAGAUUAAGGUUAAACUACAUGUUCCCAAGAGUUUUGGUUUGUUGCUGUUGUUGUUCAAAGGAAACUGCUGAGCCGUCUCUCUCCCUGUCCCUGCUGAGCAUUAUUUAUUUAUUUGUUGUUUGUGAAUGGUUUGAGGGCAGGUAGCAAAAAUUUCAUUAUUAAAACAAUUACAAUAUACAUUAAAAUAGUAAAAUAAAACUAGAAGGCAAGUAGCGACAAAGCAACAAAACAGCUGCAUUGGACAGCAAUUUCAGGAAGAGAGAAGGUGUCUACGCAACAAAAGAUCUGGAUAAAAAAGUGGCGUUCAUUGUUGACAAAACAUACAGUGAUGGCACAAGACAUACCUCGGAGGGGAGGUCCUAGCAUUUGCAAUAUCAAAUCUUUGUUGCUUCCCCUAAAUUAUGAUGAUUUUUAAGCAUUAAUAACAGCAGCAAACAAACCAUGUAUUUCACCAUAUAUACAAAAUGACACAAAUCAGUGCAUGUGGAUGAAUUGUGUCCUGGAAGGCUGAAAAUGUUAACCAGAUUUAAUCUGCAUCAUCCUAUCCUCUCAGGUUUGAAUCUAGCAUGUUCAUUUCAACAUGAUAGUAUCCCAGAUGCUAUGCAACCUGUCCAGCUCAGAUGGGGCCAUGGGUUUCUUCCAGCUGCAGGCAAUAAACACCUGGACUGCGACUGAUAAUUUGACACUGCUUGUCAUUCAGCUCAGUCACCCCCAUAGGUAAAGGUAAAGGGACCCCUGACCAUUAAGUCCAGUCGCGGACGACUCUGGG